CAUCGAUAUAAAAUGAAAAUUUCGGUUGACCUUAUUAAAGGAACAUAUUAUUUAAAUGGUGAGAACUUAAUUGCUCAAAUUAUAUUUCAGAAAUAUGCUACGAAAGAUAAAAGGAAGGAUCAUAAUAUAUUGGCAUGGGCAUGUGCACAAAUUCAUUGUCAAUGUAGUUUUGAUGAUGAUAAGGUCAAGGCUAAUUUAACAAAUAAAAAUGAUAAAAUUUUACCUCAUUUAGGAUUAACAUCUUUAAUUCCAAAUUAUGGAGAGAAAGGCUUUUGUGUAUAUGCUUCAGAACCAAAGAUUUUAGUUUGCGAUCUAGACCUUAAGACAGGAGAAACAUAUGAAUAUCUAUAUCAAGAAACAAUUCCCUAUGAAGCAUUCCCUUCCUAUCGUGGAACUCUUUGCAAAUAUUCGUACAAACUGACCAUCACAGCUCAGUAUCUAUCAUCGCCUGUUAAUUUCGUGAGGAUUCCUUUCAAAGUUUUAAUAUUACAAGGCCUUUCCCAAGAGCUCAUGAACGAUGAGACAUACAGGGACAAUUCACCCGCUAACCCAUUUCUGUCCACGCAAAAUAACGAAAUCUCCGAUAAAUCUGAUUCCUUUUCCCUGGAAAAAGCUAUGGCCCUCAUUCAAGACAUCGUAUCCUUCAAAAAUAUAAGGCAUUACAACAUAAUGUCCGAAAAUGAAAAGGUCUGCAAGUUAUCCAUCGGCAAAACUUUUUACGGGGUCGGCGAUUAUAUAAACGUCUACCUGGAUUUCUCCGAAACAGCUGUUACUUGCCUGGAAUUAUACGUUUGCCUUCAAAAUGAGGAAGAAUUGAUAUCGGACACCGAACUGGUAACCCACAUAAAACACCCACAGAGGUUUACCUCCGCGAACGCGUCAAAAAAAAUCGUGUAUUCUGGCGACAGCUACAGCGAAAUGCGUUAUUACACUCUCAAUUGCCGCUUCCUUCCCAUCCAUUUAGCCAUCCCUAUAACUUCCACUCCCACCUUCACCACCAAUAUACUAAAACAUUCCUGGAAAAUACAUUUCGAGUUUACCUUCAGUCACUCCAAAUCCCUAUCCCGCCAAGUUAGAAGCGACAAGACACCCAAGGCUCCUAAACCAGCUGACUCCCCUCUCCGUCGCAACGAGGAGUCACUCGAAGGCUGGGAGACCCCGCGGGUACAAGAUUGCCACGAUAAUCUAGAAAAAGUCGAUAGCGUCGUUGGUAGCGAUGUUGGGCGUUUAGAAAGUAAUGAUAUGUCAAUUUUUCAGGGAUCCCAAGAAAUUUCCGUUCCUCAAUCUCGCGAAUCCUCGAAUGAGAUCGCGUUAAAUUCGGAAUCAUUACACUCCAAUACCCUCGGUUCAAACCUAGAAUCACAUUCGGACAUCGAACAAAACGUAUCGGUUAACAGUGCUGGGAUCGCGAAGCAACAAGAAGAAAGAGCCGCUAGUGACGAGCGAAUCACGUCAACCCUGGAGAUACCUUUAUCGGUCAACGCCGAGACCAUGGUUUGGGAUUUACCCAUCAAACUGUUUCCUUCCCAUCCCCUCGCUAUAUCUUCUCAGUUCCCGCUAGGGAAGAUUAGCACCGUUAUCUGAAGACCUAAGAAGAUCUUAUACUUAAUUUCUAUACCUAUUUAUUUUUUUUGUUAUUAACAGCAUUCCGCGAAUCAAUGAAGUUUACUGUUUAUAGCAUUAUUUAUUAUAAAU